AUGAAGGCCUUUCUCAAUCGCAUCAACCGCGGCUUGUCAAAGGAGAAGGACAAGGACAGAGACCUGGCUGCCCUCAGAGAAAAGAUACCCCAACUGCCCCCCCUUCCCGACUGGCCCCCGCAGCGCACAACAUCCACCCCGAGCACCAUCGACUCGUCCAAGCCCCUUCCAGACCUGUCUCUGCGCCCCCUGCCCCCCAUCGAGGAGCCUUUUUCUUCCAUCUCGACCGAUUCGUCCGCGACUCCAACUCCCAUAGCUACCCUCCAUCCGUUGCCCCUCGACGCGUCCGAGGAUGGCUCGAGCAUUCCCAGCAAGCACGGCUCUUCCGAGUCCUCUCGAUCGCGCCCUGAACCCGACUCCGCAGGUCGCAGCUCGCGCAAGGCUACAAACGGCAGCAUGAGCAACGGUACAAACGGCAGCGCGACCAACGGCACAAACAGCGACAUCCAGAAGAAGGUCGCAUUCCUGUCGCCUCCUUCUACGCCAGGGCCCACAUCGGACCGUGCACUGCCUGAUGCCGAGUCGCCCGCGCCUUCGACCAUGAAGACCACCGUGUCCCGCUUUCAGGCAACCCAUGUUAAGGACACUCGCGGUUCGACCUCUACCGCUGCAUCUUCUAGGACCGAUGUCUCAUCUGGCCGCACUACGAGACAAGGCUCGCGUGCUGCGACAUCCCCAUUUCCAGCCAGGGAUUAUGGCGACGGCGCGUCUAUCCAUCAAUCAUUGCGCUCGACGACACCCUACUCACAGACCCCGAACUCGAGCAAGCAUCGCAUCCUGUCUGCCCAAUCGUGGAGUGAAGUGGCCGAAGAGGACCUCGUGUCAAACAUUGGUCAGCGCGAGCGCACGCGACAAGAAGUGCUCUGGGAGAUUGUGGCGAGCGAAGAGCGAUACGUCGGCGAACUUUUGAAGCUGAAAGAAACAUUCAUUGACCCGCUUCUACAUCCCUAUUCAAUGCCUUCACCCAUAACCUCACCUACGCCGCUGGAUGUCGACGACUCCCCUCGUUCAGAUACGCCUCGCGAGUCUAUUGAACAUUUGCCCAUUGCCUCUCGCUUCUUAUCCCCACUAGGCUUCCGUUCCGACUCACCGACUGGCCAAGCUCCCUCAUCACCGCUGCAACAGGACGAUGGCCAUCCCAACAUCGACAGCGAGUCGAUGAACUCGGCAGAAGAGGGGGAAGCGGACGACAAGAUGGGUGCAGCUUAUCAUUCUGCACGUUACAAAAACGUCUCAGGCAUGAGCCAAGCGGCGAAACAUAACCACCCGCGGUCGCCAUACAACUCGCGGUCCACGGGAGUCCUUGCUUGCGGAUCGGGAUCGAGACUACUCGGGUGA